AGAGGCAGCUGAGUUUUCAGUGGAUGGGAGAAUGCCAUCUGGGUGUCAUCUGACUGUCGCUGUUCCUUCCAGGAAAGCCCUGGAAGCCCACAGCGUGGCUAGCCCUGCCCGGGGUUUCCAUGAGUUUCAAGAAUCCAGGCUCCCCCACCGAGGGCCCCCAAAGCUGUGGUUAAAGGUUAAUGGGCUCCAAGGGCAGCUCCCAGGGUUGGGAGGUAUAUAAGAACCCAUCAGAUCAGUCGGACACCAGAAGACAAGCAGAGAGAGACUCCUCCAGACCCACUCAGACCACACGCACGCUCUCCAAGAUGGUAUCCCGUAAGGCUGUGGCUGCUCUGCUGGUGGUGCAUGCAGCUGCCAUGCUGGCCUCCCAGACGGAAGCCUUCGUCCCCAUCUUCACCUACGGCGAACUCCAGAGGAUGCAGGAAAAGGAACGGAGUAAAGGGCAAAAGAAAUCCCUGAGUGUAUGGCAGAGGUCUGGGGAGGAAGGUCCUGUAGACCCUGUGGAGCCCAUCGAGGAAGAAGGAAACGAAAUGAUCAAGCUGAUUGCUCCUCUGGAAAUUGGAAUGAGGAUGAACUCCAGACAGCUGGAAAAGUACCGGGCCGCCCUGGAAGGGCUGCUGAGUGAGAUGCUUCCCCAGCACGCAGCCAAGUGACGGCCAUGCUGGGGAGAAGGUGGACAGAUUUGGGAGGACUCUCCCGCCCAAGUGAGGCCCUGGGAAUUUGCACAGCCUGCCAGCUGGGCUUGGAAGAAUAACACCCUUUCCAAAGCAAAUCCCCCUCCAGCAAAUAAAGCAUGAAAUAUACAGAAAUGACUCUUAUUUAAUAUUUUAAUUCCCAAAGGGCAAACUAAGGUCACAAGAAAAAGGCAGGAAAAGUAAAGCUCAGAGAAAGUUGGCCAUAAAUAAUGCUUACAUUAACAUUGUGUGCCUUUUGUGAGUUCAAAUAUUAACUCAGAUCCAAACAACUGAAAGAGUACCACUCACUGGCCCUUCCAUUAUAGGUGAGGAAACUGAUCAUUUUUUUGCCCACACACUGAGCCAGUGACAGACUGAGGACUGGAAUUCAGGUCUCCCAGGUCUCGGUCCAUUUUUAGUUUACUGACACGCUCGAGGUCUAAUGGGCCAGAGAAUUUUAGGGCCUCCGCACUCAACCCCUUGCCAAGUAACUUCCAACCAGCCCUUUAACCUCAAUGAGCCUGUGCAAAACCAAGGUGGUAAUAUCUGCCUUGAGAUCUGGGAUGGAGGCACAAGCAAAGAGCAAAUUACUAUUAUCACCUUGUGACUAUCAGCUCCAGCAUCCGCAGCAGAAUUACACAGCCAACCCACUUAUUUUUGCCUUCUAAACAAAACUGGAUGGGAAAUUUCAUUCUAAUUUAAUUUUACAUUAAUGAAUGUUCAUUUAUUUAUAAACUGGGGCCACAUCGGAACUGCAGCUCCCUCCAUCCAUAGGUUACCAGCAAUUAGACAGUGUCCAUUCUGCAUUUCCACCCAGGCUUAGCCACAGAAAGUAGUUACCAGAACAAGAACUCCAACGCUGAACAAGAGACCCUUGUUGGAGGUACUCUGAAUUCUCCCGAGAAACACUCAAACCUUCCAUGGGCUCCCAACCCUGCCACACUGCACAUUCACAUGCAUUUCCAGCACAUAUACCGAUCAACCCCUGAGCAGCUGCAGGUUCCUGGGAAAUGCUGCCAAGACGCCCGGUAAUAGAGAGAGAGGGCUGCGGCAGAAGGGCAUGCGGGGGGCGGCGGGGGGAGACACAGAAAUCUAUAAAGCCUGCUGCUGGGAAGAUCUGGAUCCAAGACUCCUCCCUGCCCUUCCGAGCUCCACCAAGCCAGUUCACCCCAUUUUCUGUAACACACUCCAAGAAGCAGAGAAACAAGAUGCUCACGGUGGUCCCCUUCCCCGUGGAAAAUGCAUUUUGUGUCCUUCCCUCAUCCUCUGCUGGAAUCUGACCCUGUAGCGAGACUGCCUUCCCCCACCACCAGCAGGGGGUGCCCAUUUCUGGGGCGGGGCCCCAGCACUGGCUGGGGCAUUUUCCCUGAGAUUCUGGGUGUUGAAGAGCCUCUAGUUGAAAUAGACAUCCACCACAGAGGGACAUGGGGUCCCCAGGAGACUGCCCAGGCAGUCUGCACUGUUUAGGUGGGAAUUGGUUCAGCAACCACAGCACUGGGGAAGGGAGAGGGUGCAUUCUGCAGAAAAGCCCCGUUCAAAGCUCAGCGCUGCUGCCCAACAGCCCCAACCCUCACCCCGCGCCCUCUGAUGUGCUUCUCGGUAAUGAGCUGCAACAGAGACCCAGCUACCACCAACAUCUGUAUGCACAGUGCCCUGGCCGCUUGUUUAGAUGUGUCGGCUCCUUUCUUCUCUGGUUUUCCUCCUCCUGCCACUGUUCGAUUUCUCACAAUCAGCUCAAAUAAUUCUUUUUUCACUAACAAGCUCCUCCAGUUUCCAGGAUAGCCGACUCGAUUGCUUAUGGGACAUCCACAGCUUUGGAAGAAAUUAAAAUUGGGAGGAGGUUGGGGAGGAUUCUGUGAGCUGAGUGAAGAGAAAAUGACCAUGCUUUCACAAAACAGAAGAAAAAGAGACAUGCUCCUGGUUAAAGCAAUAGAAUGAGUGGGACCAGAGACCAACCAGGAUCAGAGAUAGGGAGGGUAGCCGGAGUAAGCAGGAGAGCAAAGACACCAUUCCUCUUCACACCUCACCCAAGCUUAUCCAGCAACAUCUGCAAGAAUCUCUCCAGAUAUCUGGCAAUUACAGAGAGGACGGAUUACCCCGUGUUCAUCUGGAAUGUACUUUACACUUAACAGGACCAGAGGUCAUUACAGUGCAACUUGAACCUAGCUUCACAAAAUGGAGAUGAUGAGGUAUUUUCUUGGUAACCGCAUGUGUGAUUUUAGCAUUACUGAGCUAUGUGGAUUUACCAUGAAAUUGAAUAGUUAAAAGCAAAGAGUAAUUGCCUGAUAUCUGUAUGCUGUAAUUUAGUGUAAUCUAAUCAUGGACAAAGCCCAAAAGAAAAUAUUCUCAAAGCAUUACAUUUUUCUUCAUACACAAUUUGUUAUUGACAUUGGGUAAUAUAUUUCAUGCCUUUGAAGGAACUCUUACUCAUGGAUAUCAAAGUGUGAGAGCAGUCAAAAGAGUGAGGGAUUUGUUUAAUUUUCAACAGAUUAUGAAACACCAUUCUGGCAUUUCUCUGUGGCUCCAUUUUCCCCCUGAGCUGAUGCACCCUCAGACCUAGAGAGAGAGAGAAAGAGUGCCCUCCUCUUCCAUAAGGCACUGAGAUGGAACAGCGGGAAGCUGGGUGUUCCUGGGGUCAUUCCAGUCAAAAUCUGAGCCCCAAAUGGCCCCACGUUUCAACCACAAUCUCCUGGCGCCCUGCCCCCACUGUAAUGUCACCUAUUAUGUAGGUGGGGAAGCCCUGAAUAGCUGAGGCGACACAUGAGGCCCUCCAUGAGGGGGAUCAAGGACGAGUCCGUGGUCCCUGAGUAUCUUUGAGUGCCUGAUAACUGUGUGCAGGGCUUUUUGCAGGAGGAGGAGGAGAAUGGAACCCACUAAAAGAUUUAUGGUUGUGACUAUUAUAAGGCUCUGCCAAGACAGAGAGAGGUCAGCGGGACGGAAGGGAGUGUGGCAGCCCCCCGGGAAUCCAGAGCGUGCUCCGAGCAGCCCUUCACGUCUGCCAAAUGUGUGGAUGUGGUUACUAAGUAGAUUUAGAUAUUGGAGCUUAUUUUUCCUCUUCUGCCUUUAAUACAUCAGGAAGACAGACCACAGCCUGAGCUGCUGCUCACCUUAAAAAAAACAACACAGCAGUGAUGAGAAAGGAGGGCAUGCAGAGCAGCCUCUGACUUUGCAAUAUUGCCCUUUUCUUUACAAUAUGCCUUCCUGCCGUGGACAGGCCCAGCAGGAGAGCCAGGCUGAAGGCACAGAAAGGCUGGCUCCCAGAGGCCCUGGUGGGCUUCGUGGGCAGCUCCCAAAGGGGCAGCAGUGGCAAAGAAGAGCUGAGGUCGAGCCCUUCCAAGCGGAGGGGAGCGUGUGGAUGGUUGUGUGGAGGAAAGCAAAAAGGAACACGCCACCUUCACUAAACCAAAGAAGGGCUAUAAAUCUGGGCAGGAACGUGACUGGAGCUGGGAGUCCAGGAUGAAAAGGAAAGGCCCAAAAACUGGAAGGAACGCCUGACUAACUUGUGAAGUUCCUUCUCAGAGGAGGUGGGGAAGGGGAGCAUUGAUCAGCAAAUUCGCUGUUAAGUGGUCACUGGGUGUCCCUUGGUGCACACCCAAAGCCCUGCCUGUAGGAUCCUGCAAGACAAGGCCAUCGACAGCCAGAACCCACCAUGGAGGUAGAAGGGCUGACCAUGGGUGGCCAAAGGCCACAACUCCAAGCACAGUGGGUUCUACACCAGAGGGAAGACAACAGAGUUCUAGGGGAGGGGCUGUGGGCCACUUGACCCUAGAUGUGUGGAACGGCAGCAGUGUCCCCAAACAUAAGGAAGCUGACAAAGCCCACACUGCGUGCCACCACUGGGGGUGGCUCCAGUUCAGUCCAUAUUUUUAAAUCGCCCUGAGAUCCAUUGUGAUAAAAUAGACCAUAACUCUGUGAAAUGCUGUAACGACAACUUUGUUUAAGCAUUAGUUUCAAGCCCUCUUAGAAUACGUGGGGCCAGUACUGAUGCCGAAAGGCUCAUUCUUUAUAUAUUGAACUGCACAGCUGCAAGGAGCUGCACAAAUGUUACCAACUCAUUUGUCAUGCAAACAGUGCUUCAGAAAGAAAUAAAAUACUAUUAUGUGGUAUAUGUGUUAGGCAAUCACUAUAUCAAAUUCACGGCAUUCCGUGCAAACACAGACAGAGAAAAGGAAAACAACACUUGGUGAGAGAAAUCACACCACAUGGGAGCAGCUAAGUCAGGGGAGAUGGGGAGGCCAAUAGUGGAAGCUGACCAAGCUGAGGCUGUAAUUUUCCCAGCAAUUGUGGCCAGGGUUGAAUACCCCUAAGGUGGAGCAAGUGGCAGGAAUGCAAAACCCAGACAGAGGAGCAUAGCAUUGCCCAGCGUGUCAGGGAGGGGAGGGAAUAAAGUGAGGAGUGGGUAAGGGGUCUGUUGGGACAGAUAUGGGGAUUCCAGAGAGAAGGGGCCUGGGGGAAGGGGAGAAUGGAAUAGCAGGGGUAGAAAUAGAUGGAACCUAUUGGGCCAGCAAUAAAUGUUUGGGAAUGGGAGUUGAGGGAUGUGGAAGGAAGAUUAUAAACUGGCUCUAUUUUCAGUUGCCACAUUCCCUUGCUUCCCUUAGGAGUUUCCUGCUAAGAGCCUUCAUGUAACCAAAUCACCUGCCCUGUGGGAGACUCUACACAGCACUGACACUGCAAAGAUGUGGGUUAAGUAUAAACACGCAUGAGCGUGUGCCCCGCACUGUCCCAAGCACCUUAGCCAAACUACCUCUUCUAAUCCUCACAGCAACUCUAUUGAGGUUUACUGGCAAACAAGCUAAAAAUGUUAAUUGAAUAUGAUCACACAUCUAACAGUUGUGAGUAGGGAUUUGAAACUGAACUGACUGGCUCCAAAGCCCACAUCCUAAACCACCAGUGAGGCUACAGGACCGUGUAUCUCUGGAGUCUUCUCCCACCCAUGUCUCCUUGUAAAAAUCCCAUUACGCAGACACAGGCCCUCCGCAGAGAAGCCUCAACUGCCCACUCGAGCCCAAGGGCAUUUUGCUCCUCUGCCUCCACUAUGGAAACUGCGUCCCCUCCAGGCUGGCGCUCCUUGGGGGACAGUGUCUGUCCUAAGGCUGGGAUCACACCUACUUGGUGCUCAGUGUCGCCCAGUUAACAAGCCCGAAGUCGGGACAGGGUCUUGGAGCAUGCCUGGCGUGUACUAUACGGCCCAAAUAAAACCGGAUCACACAUCAGUCCCCAAGCCCAGAUAGGCAAAUGAUCCUGUCUCUCCAUUCGGGGCAGUGGCUUCCUUCACAAUUAACCAAUUCAUCCAUUAAAUCAACACUGACUUUACUGAAUGCUUACCACGUGCCAGAGGCAAAGCUAGGGUUGGAGGACUCAAAAGAUUAAUACUGUUUGAUCUAACAAACAAAGGGAAGUGGGAGAGCGGAGACAGAGGGAAAAACAAAACAAAAAAUUUAAUCCCCCUUGGACCUUCCCACCAUGGCGGCUCUAAGAGCCACGUCAGACCUCCUCAUCAUGGCCGACCCAUAGGCCGAGCGCAAACCUUCCCAACAUGGC